GGAGGCCAAGAAACAAAAUAAUCUUGAAAAUAAGUUUGAAUCAACGUUUCCUCCCGCAGCAGCAGCAGCAGCAGCAGCAGCAGCAGCUGGCAGCAACCGCCUGGACUCGCUGUCUUCCUCGGAGCUGCCGCCAAACCCCAGACACCGCAACUUGCUGCUCGCAGACCCGCUGCUGCUGCGGCAGCAAGCGCUGCAGGAGUUGGAGAGACACGGGCGCAUUCCUCCGGUGACGGCCUGCAGCAAGUUGCCUUUUCCCUACCUGAACGCAGCAGCAGCAGCAGCAGCAGCAGCAGCAGCAGCAGCUGCGGAUGCCGCAGCAGCGCGCGGCGCCAGGGACUCCCACAGGAGGCGCAGCAGCAGCAGCGCGGCCAGAAGCAGCAACGCCGACGCAGCAGCAGCCCCCACGAAACCGAAGGGAAUCUUCAGUUGGCUCCGGAGCCUUCUGCAGCUAGAUAGCAGCAGCAGCAGCAGCAGCAGCAGCGCGCAGAAAGCUAAGAGGCCCCCUGACGAGCCGGCCUCUCCCCCCAGCGAGGCCAUCGAGCCCAGCCGGGACCCCGCCCUCCCCCAUCCGGGGGGGGUGGCGCUGCUGCUGUCGCCGGACGACCGGCUUUACUACGGAGAGACUUUUGCUUCCUCUGUGGCCCACGGCUGCGGCUUCGCGUUGUAUGGGGGAGGGGUCAGCAGCAGCAGCACGGGGGCCCUCGGGGCGGGGGCGCUGGGGGGGGCCCUCGGGGGGGCCCCCAGGGGCCCCGCAGGGUACUGCGGGUUCUGGAAACUGGACCGCAGAGAGGGCUGGGGAGUGCUGCUGAGGGGCCCCUGCAGCAAAUAUGAGGGCCAGUGGGUGGAGGGCCUCCGGCAGGGCCUCGGGGUGCAGGCUUUGGCCCAGGGCUGCCGCUACGUGGGCCAGUUCCACAGGGGCCAGAAGCACGGCCGCGGGGUGGUGCUGUAUCCUGGGGGAAUGAUCUACGCUGGGGAGUGGGACAGGGGCCGCGUGCUGCGGCAGGAGCUUUUAAUUUCUUCUCGCCAGUUGCUGCCUCCCCGUCCUUUGAAAAGAAAACAAAAAACCGAAAAAAUCCGCCAAAAAACGACCCCGCUGCUGCUGCUGCAGCAGCAGCAGCAGCAGCAGCGGGGCGCGCGCGGGAGCGCGCGGCUGGGGAGGCGGCACGCGGCGGUGCGCCGCGCGGCCGCGGCGGUGGGCAUCACGAGCAGCAGCAGCAGCAGCAGCAGCAGCGAAGGGUCUGCUUCGGGCGAAGACAUCGGGAUGGAGCAGCGGCUGACGGAGCAAAUGGAAAUGCUGCGGCAGUUUUCUGCUGCUGCUGCAGUGCGGCACUGGGGCGAGGAGCACGUGCAGUGUUUGCUGCGCAGCGCGGGCUGCCCGGAGAGCCUGCUGCUGCUGCUGCAGCAGCAGCAAAUCGACGGGCCCGCGCUGCUGGCCCUCACCGACGCAGACCUCCAAGACAUGGGAGUCCGGCAGCAGCAGCAGCCCCUGCAGCCGUGGAGCCGCUAG